AAAGCUAAAAUCUGCAUGACAAGGCAAAAAGACUCCGUCAGGGGGUUAAGAAACCCAAAUAUCCAGAAGAGGUAGAGGAAUAAUAGUGGCAGUAGCAGCAAACCACACUGCAAAGCAAAAGGAGUCCAGCAGAUUCCCAAAGACUUGUUAACGAGGCAAAAGCUAUCCCACUUGCUUGCCUCCAAGAUAACAGCUUUCGUGCCUCGCUCCAUCCCUCUCUUUCUAUCUUUCCAUCUCUCUCCCCAUAUGUAUAUAUAUGUGCUGCAAUGCUUUUAGCUUAGAACAUAAGCUUGUAAGUUAGACGGCAUAAGGUUGCGCAUCGAAAAGGGCCUUGGUUCUCUUCUCGCGCGGUUGGGUUGUGCGCCAUGGACGCUGGAAUGAGACAAUCGAGGGUCCGGUUUUCUGGUGUAGGGCAGGAAGAUCAGGGCAGCGGCCAGGCUAUGGCAAUGCCACCACAGCGACAGCGAGGCACGCCUUUUGGAAGAGGUGAAGAAUAUGACGCCGCGUACGCAGCGACGGUGGCGGCAGUGGCGUAUGCCAUUGCUGCAAUGGAGGAAGAGAAGUUACCACCACAGCAGAAGCCUAUCCCAGAGAAAACAGCAUCUCGGCAGAAGCGUGUAACAGUUCAUGAGCCCACAGCCGCCCCGCCGCCGAGAUCACCACCCAGGAGAGGUGGAAGCAUGAAAAGGCCAACUGAAGGAAGCAAAAUCUCAAGAUUGUUUAGUGGUAACAAAGAAAUCGUUGAAGUUGGCGACGAAGACGAACAAGGAGCGAAUGUUUCGGUGAGGAGGCCGGUGAAACCGACGCCAAAGAAGCCAGGAGGUCCAACUCCAGGCCAGAACGUGGUAGGGAAGGUGGCCGACUCCAUCCCGAACCUGAAGGACGAUCCAAGUUUCGCGAGGAAAACACCAGACAAGAAGAGAAGCAGAAACUUUGAGCAGGAGGAAGCAAAUUGGAAGGCGAAGCCCGAGGUUAACCCGACGACCUCGUUUCCAGAAGAGCGGAAACGGAGCUGGAAGCACGAGCAGGAACCGGCGAAUCAGAGGGCGCCACCGGCAGCCAGGCCUCCAGGAAUGGUUUAUUCCAGCGAGGCGGAGAGGAUGGCGGCAGCGUGGGAGAAGGAGGAGCUGGCGAAGAUCAAGGAGCGGUACAACGAGACGAUGGAAACCAUAGCCGAAUGGGAGACUGAGAAGAAGGCCAAGGCCAGGCGCCAGAAGGAGCCCAAAGAGGGUGAUUCAGAGAGGAAGCGAGCAAAGGCGCUGGAGGAGUACAACGAUGAGAUGAAGCGGAUCAGCAAGGUGGCCGCUGCAUCGAGGAUGUCGGCAGAGGACAAGAAAAGGAACGCCGAGGGCAAAGUCUGGGAGAAGGCGGCCAAAAUCCGGUCAACGGGGAAGCUCCCUCGGUCCUGUGGCUGCUUCUGAAACCAUGGACACACAUAAUGUGGGCCAAGAAUCUAGUUGUGCUGCUGCUUUACUGUGUAUACUUGUUUAUGUAUCGCCUAAAUGAAGUACAUUGCACCAACCAGUGCAAACUCCACGUGGUGGAAUUUCGACAGGACUCAUAGUGUGAUGAAACAACUAUAACCAAGUAGCCCCUGGAGGAGGCAAGAGUUCAUAAAAAGUGUAUCCUGUGUGCAAAUUAGAUAUACAGAUUUUAACGAGCUAACCUUCGUUUCCUAGCGCGA